AUGGCUCUGCUCACACUGUCAGCAUCAAUCCACGUCCUGAAACCAACCUGCGACUACUACUCCGCGAGCCCCGUCUGCCAUGCGACCAGGUCCCAGACGUCGGUCUUCUUCGUGGGGCUGUACCUGAUAGCGCUGGGGACCGGCGGGAUCAAGCCCUGCGUGUCGUCGUUCGGGGAGGACCAGUUCGACGACUCCGACCCGGGGGAGAAGGCGAGAAAGGGAUCCUUCUUCAACUGGUUCUACCUCUCCAUCAACAUCGGCGCCCUGGAGAAAGGAGUCAACCACACUGUGGCGCAGGCUCCAUUCCUCCUUCGUCGCCGAUGA